CUAGUUAGUUAUGUGGCUGGCAGCAUUCAAUGGGGUGUUUUCGAAUACUUAUUCCUACGAUAUUCCACUCCUCUAUCGUCAUAAACCACCAGCAUCACCCACCACCCUAGCGCCGUCGAUAGCCUUCUGCCAUCGGUUUUGCCGCGCAGCCCCACCAUGUUCCUCUCAUCCCCCCUCUCCGUAUCCCCUCGUUCAAUUCUCACCCGCCAUUCGGCAUCAGCCUCAGCAGCAAGAAUAAAUUCAGUGUUCCGACACUCGGCAAGGCUACCAUCUCAGCUCCCUAGGACAGUUAACUGGAGACCAGCGUACAGGACAAUGGCGAGCGGCGCACCAAAGAAGCCGGACUGGAUUGUCAUCGUGCCAGAUGCGGCCAGCACUACUCUUGAGAAGAGGAUGGGGUUUAGAGACGCCCAUAUCAGCAACUUAGGCCCGAUCAUCGAAUCUGGGUUCCUCAAAAUGGGAGGCGCGGUCCUAUCUCACCAUCCCAAGAACGGUGAGGCUCCCCCCAUGAAGGGAAGCGCACUGAUUGUCCAAGCGGACUCUGAAGAGGAGAUCCGUGACAUCCUGGCAAAAGAUGUCUAUGCCACAUCGGGAGUAUGGGAUUUGGACAAUGUGAAGGUGUAUCCGUUCCGAUGUGCAUUCAAUGCCUAUGAAAAAUAAGGCUUAAAUAGCUGAGUCAAAAAGACACUCUCUAGCCUUAUGACUAGCACAAGGCACUGGACGUCAUGCCACGCUGGAGGUCUCAUACGUUUCACCAGGAUCUUCGAAGUGCCGAUGCCAAAGAAGAGAAGGUCGGCUUGCUCAUUGUAACAUCCCAUAUAUAGUUCAUCUAAUGUAUCAGACAUGUACAUACACACAUACAUCCGAAAAUUCUUAAUUUAAAUAUCUGUUAUCCGAA